AUGGCGCCAAAACCGCGCGGAUCGUCCUCCAGGUCGUGGGACAGCCUUGAUCCGCCAUUGUCAGAAUGGGUUUUGGAAGCAAUGUCGGCCAUGGGGUUCGCCCGCAUGACGCCAGUGCAAGCAUCUGCCAUUCCACUGUUCAUGAGCCAUAAGGACGUCGUGGUAGAAGCUGUGACGGGCAGCGGAAAGACGUUGUCGUUUUUGAUACCCAUUGUUGAAAAAUUGUUGCGGAUAGACGAGCCGCUCAAAAAACACCAUGUUGGAGCUAUCAUUGUUGCGCCGACCAGAGAAUUAGCAUCCCAAAUAUACAGUGUUCUACUAUCUCUUUUGGCUUUCCACGGUCCCUCCGCAUCUGUUAUCCAACCACAGGAGACAGAGGAAGCUGAGGUGAAAAAGUAUUCUUCUUCCACACUAAAAGUCAUUCCGCAACUUCUUCUAGGUGGCGCAACAACACCAGCCGAAGAUCUAAGCUCAUUCUUAAAGAAGUCGCCAAAUGUCCUUGUCGCAACCCCGGGAAGACUUCUGGAGCACCUUUCAUCACCUUAUGUACACUGCCCUCAGUCUUCAUUCGAGAUGUUGGUCUUCGAUGAAGCGGAUAGGCUGCUAGAUCUUGGAUUCAAGGAAGAUAUUCAGAAAAUACUCGGAAGACUUCCAAAGCAAAGACGGACAGGCUUGUUUAGCGCCAGUGUCAGCGAAGCCUUGGAUCAAAUAAUUCGUGUCGGGUUGCGAAACCCUGUUAAAAUCGCGGUGAAAGUGCGCGGAGCUUCGGGAGUUGAAGAAAAACGAACACCAGCUAGCUUGCAAAUGACAUAUCUUAUAACACCUCCUACACACAAACUCCCCGCGGUCAAAAGCAUUCUUGAAGCUUUGGAGCCUAGACCACAAAAGACUAUAUUAUAUUUCUCGACAUGUGCAGGUGUCGACUACUUUCAACACAUAAUUCCUUUAAUCCUCGGAGGUGAUUUUGCUGUCAUACCUCUUCAUGGAAAGCAUCCACCCAAUGUACGACAGAAGAAUUUUACUCGCUUCGCCAAUUCUGUAACCCCAUCAGUACUGUUGACUACAGAUGUUGCGGCACGUGGACUAGAUAUUCCAUCCGUCGAUCUCGUGAUUCAGAUCGAUCCUCCAUCGGACCCCAAAGCUUUCAUACACCGUUGCGGUCGAGCUGGUCGAGCCGGUCGUCGAGGGCUGAGCGUCGUUUUGCUACUCCCAGGCCGUGAAGAAGAUUAUGUUCCGUUCCUGGAAGUUCGCAAGACGCCGGUAACGCUAUAUGAGAACUCGGCAUUCAGCGUAUGUGAUGAGGAUGCUGUCAAGGCAACAGAAAUAGCCCGGUCAGCGGUUUUGUCAGAUCGAGCAUACCAUGAUAAAGCUCAAAGAGCGUUUGUCAGCUGGCUUCGAAGUUACAGCAAACACCAGGCCAACAGCAUAUUUCGCGUUGCUGACUUGGAUUGGGAAGCAUUGGGUCAUGCUUGGGGCUUGUUGAAAUUGCCGAAGAUGCCCGAGUUAAGGAACUACAAGGGCGAUAAAAACCUAGGAGUGAACAUUGAGUGGGAUAAUUACGCUUACAAGGACAAACAAAGAGAGAAACAUCGACAAGAAGCGCUCAGACAAGAUGGAAUAGCCGAUUUGCAGAAUUCUAGGAAACGAGCCGCAAGUGAAAGCGUACCAUGGAGUCAAAAUCUUGAGAAAAGGAAAGAGAGGGAACAGCGGAGAGAGAGGAAAAAGGCUCGUCGAGAGCGAGAGAAAUGGGAUAAGAUGAGCGAGGAAGAGAAGCAAAAAGCUCGUGAGACAGAGGCAAUGAUUAAAAAUAUUCGAAAGGAGGCUGAAUUGCAGAGAGCCGCUGCUGCAUCCAAAACCACACAGGAUUUAAAGUCUCAUGAGAGUGACGACGAGUUUCAAGGAUUCGACUGA